AUGCUGUCUCCGUUGAAGUCGUCUGCUCCGUCAGCCUCUCUGCUGCGUUUUCUGCGCUCCCAGUCUGGCUUUGUGAGUGGUCCCGCAGCAUGUGUGCGGUCCAGGCCACGGGCGCCAUGUCAUGAGGCCCUGACGGCGGUAUCCCGAAGUACGUCAAGCUGGGCACGCCAGGACGCAUGCCAGAGCUGCACGAAGUCGAACUCGGCAACAUUCUGUCUAUCCGAGAGCAGACCAAAAGCCUCCGUGAGACCUUUCUCAUUAGAACCGCUUGCGCUUACACGACAUGCCUCCACGACUCGCCGUCCAUUUCUCCGAAGAUUGUUUGACCUCAAACGCGGCAAGACUGCCGACCUCAAGGGCCAUCGCAACCAGGGCCCUGCCACGACCGACGAAGGAACCGAGGGACUUUUCAACAUUGGCCGGGGACUUGCGGCGAAGGCCUCAAACGAGCUUCGGAUCCGGUGCACGGAAUUCGACAACAAUGGCGACGUCACACUGGUGAAUGGGGAAUUUCGCAAGUCAGAAUUGAUCGCCAAGUACGGUCUCCUCCCCCGCGACCUCCGCAAGAUCGACUCUUCGACUCUGCCUCAUAUCCUGGUCCGACCAAGCGCGAUCCUAAUCAACCUCCUGCACCUGCGCGUUCUUAUCAAAGCUGACCGUGUGCUUGUGUUUGAUGCAUACGGGUCAACUGAUUCGUAUAUGCAGUCGCUUUUCAUCUAUGAUCUCGAGGGAAAGUUGCGCCAGAAGCAAUCUCAAGUCGCCCCUGCUGGUCAGGCGCUUCCUUACGAGUUUCGCGCCCUGGAAGCGGUUCUCAUCAGCGUCACCACUGGCUUAGAAGAAGAGUUCAACGGGGUUAGAGAACCUGUCGUUCGAGUUCUCCGUGCACUGGAAGAAGACAUUGAUCGCGACAAGCUUCGACAUCUCUUGAUCUAUUCCAAGAAACUGGGUACUUUUGAGCAGAAAGCUCGCCUGGUGCGAGAUGCUAUUGACGACCUACUCGAGGCGGACGAUGAUCUAGCGGCCAUGUACCUUAGUGAACGGGCUACUGGCAAGGAACGCGAAGAAGAUGAUCACCAAGAGGUUGAAAUGCUGCUCGAGUCAUACCACAAGGUCUGCGAUGAAAUUGUACAGUCCAGUGGUAAUCUUGUCACCAACAUUCGAAACACUGAGGAAGUAGUCAAAGCAAUUCUCGACGCAAACCGAAAUUCGCUCAUGCUACUCGAUCUGAAGUUCAGCAUAGGCACCCUUGGCCUUGCCACAGGAACUCUCUUCUCCGCUCUAUACGGAAUGAACUUGAAGAACUUUAUUGAAGAGUCUGAUAUCGGCUUUGGCGGUGUCUCCUUCGUCUGCUUCGCUUUGACUGGGGUUGUUUGCAUCUACGGCCUCGCCAAACUUCGCAAACUGCAGCGAGUCCGCAUGUGGGGCGAGUCUGGAGUUGGUGGCACUUCUCUGUCGCCUAUCUCUCCGAGACAGGGCAUCCUGAAUAUUCACCGCAACUGGCGCGCCGAUUCCAUUGAGCCCGUUUGGGGAAGCUUGCCGGGCGAGGCUCGAUCGGAGCGUAUAAGACGACUUCGAGAGAACGCGUUCGCGGCCGCAGCUGCUACUGCAUCGAGGUUCCCCAAUAACGCUUCCACCACAUCGACAUCCUCUGGGUUUGAUGAUCUACAUCAAUCCUCAAGCAACAAAGACAAUCAAAAGAGACCCGAUUCUGCUGCCGAUUCUCAUAUGAACAGCAAGGUCUCUGCAUGA